AUGAAGCCCUCCAAAGCUCUCAUUGACUCUCCUCAGUCUCAAACUACCGUCCAAUUCUCUCUCCCUUCUAAGCUUCUUGACUCCUCUCCCAACUCCAACUCCCCCCUUCCUACUAACCUCUUUUACGAGCCCACCUCUGUUCUUGAUCCCCACCUCACCUCCAGCCCCGCCACCGCCGUCGGCGUAGGAGGCGGCUCCGACGUCCCCUCUCACCCCUGGGACUCCCACCACCAACACCAACUCCUCCUCCCUCCCCCGCUCCCGCCGCCCCCGCCGCCCCCCUUCGACGAGUGGGACCCCGUCACUUGGUUGCUCUCCGAAAAAGACGACCUUUCCACGUUCCCCAAACCCCCACACCAUCCUGAACUCCACUUCUCCGAGGGCGAUUACCCUUCGUAUGCUUCGUUGUUCGACGGCCCCUCCGACCUUCCCGACGCCUUCGAUCCCCUGCCUCCCUUCUCGGACGCCGCCGUCACCAUCUUCUCGCCACCGCCGGUCUUCGACCGGACCCACCUUGAAUUGCUCCUCCGAGCCGCCCACUGCGUCGAAUCCAGAGAUUUCGCGACGGCCCACGCGAUAUUGGCGCGGCUCAAUCAGUACCUCCCCGCCUCCGCCGGUUCCGCCCUCCAAAGAGUCGCCUUUCACUUCAAGGAGGCUCUUUUGGCCCUCCUUCCCCUCCCCAACCGCCCCGCCACCGAACCGGCCCUCUCCACCGUCGAGAUCGUCCGCCGGAUCAGCGCCCACAAGGCCUUCUCUGAUCUGUCCCUUGUGCCCCAGUUCGCCAGCUUCACCGCCAACCAGAUCCUCCUCGACGCCCUCGACGCCGCCGCUGCCGCCUCCGGCGGCGGAGGGCAUAGCUCCGUCCACCUCAUCGACUUUGAGAUCGGCCUCGGGGGGCAGUGGUCUUCCUUCGCUCAGAUCGUCGCCGCCCGAAGCCACGCCCGCGCGCCCCCGCCAGGACUCCGGAUAACCGCCGUCGUACCGGAGGAGACCCGCGAGACUGCCCUCGCCGCCGAGAACCUCCGCGACUUCGCCCGCGGUCUCGGCCUCCGCCUCGCCGUCGACUUCGUCCACGUCGGCGGCCUCGGUAUGCUUGCCCUCAGCGGCAUCCGCCUUGUCCCCGGCGAGCCCGUCGCCGCCGUCCUCACCCCGGCCAUAUUCCGCCUUCUCGGCGGCCCGGAGCCAUCUGCUGCACUUCUCCGCUACGUCCGCCGGGCGUCCCCGCGGGUCGUCGUCUUCGUAGAUACCGAGUGGAGCUGCUCCGGCGGCGCUGCAGCGGGGCAACUGCCGUCGCUGCGGCGGAGCGUGGCGGGUGGGAUCGAGCACUGCGCGGCGGUGCUGGAGUCGGUGGAGGCGGUCGGGCCGGGGGAGGAGGAGGUUCAGUGGGUUGAGCGGACCGUGGUCCGGCCGAGGAUUUUCUCGGCGGUCGGGUCGUGGAGGUCGGGCUGGGGCGGAGGGUGGAGGGAGGCGUUGGCAGGGGCGGGGAUGGCGCCGGUCGGGUUCAGCGAGUUCGCCGUGUCGCUGGCCGAGUGGAUGGUCCGGCGUGCCCCGGUAGACGGAUACAACGUGGCCAGAAGAGAGGGCUCCAUGGUGCUGAGCUGGCGGGGGAAGGAGCUGGCCGCCACGUCAGCUUGGAGGUGCUGA